AUGGCGCUGUCGAUGGUCCGCCACGAGACGAGCGAGUGGGAGGUGGUGAAGACGAAGAGGGGCGGGGACAGGAGGAGGGAGGGGGCCCAGGCGAGGGCCAAGCCUGCCACCACCGCCGCGGACGAUCCAGAAACGAAGGCGUUCGCGGCGUUCGACGCGCUGCACGCCAGCACGGAUGAGCGUCGUGGGGACACCUCACGUGGCAGCAGCCCUCGCAGCCUACCUGCCCCCGAGACGCCCCCUCGCCCAGAGCAGGCCCCAGCAUCGAUGAGCAAGAAGAAGGACAAAAAGAAGAAGCAGCAGCAGGUGAAGGAGGCUCCGCAGAAGACGCAGUCUGCCCCACCGUCUCCAGGUCUGACUCUUCAAAUGCUGGAGAUCAUUUUGGGGGAUGUGGCAGUGGCAUACCCUGACAACGAGGUGGCACAGAUCCAGUACGUGGCAGACAAGUUGCUGGCCGCGUACAAAGACAUAUCAAUGCCCUUCCCUGCACAAAUCUACACGAAGCCCAUGGAUGAGACACUCAGCAUGUUUGACAACAUACUGUCUACCAACAUGACAGUUGAGUUGGCGAAAUUUCUGAGGUCGAAGUCGAUCGACGCCCUUGAAGAGAGCUUCGCCACUUUCUCCAGGGCGUUGUUUGACUAUUCCUUGGGCCCCAAGGCUCAGUUGAAGAGUCAUGCUGGGCUGGUGGUGAUGAUUGUGGCCAUGGCAAGAUCUGUGCCUGUUGCCAUUGUGAGGUGUUGCAAUGCCAUGGUGGCUGAAGGCUCAAGAUUUGCAGCUCCAGACAAGCUGCCACUGCUAGUGUGGGUUUUCGCCCAGGCAGAAAGGGGUGCGACUGGAAGUCUGCUGGCACUGUGGCUUCAGGCGAUCCUCCCACAGCUGAUCGGCCUGGAUCAGGGCAAGGGCAAGAAAGGAAAGGGCAAAGUGAGCCAGCAGGGGUACAUCCUUGACCCUGCGACCUAUGCCACCGUUGAGGACUGCCUCAGACGUGGUCUCAGUGGCGGAAAUGGUGCAGGCUUUUCGGCUGCAGUUAAGCAAGCUGCAAAAGAUGGGCUCACGGUGAAGUGCGACGGAACUGAGGUGACUGAGCCCAUCAUCUCCCUCACAUCCCUGGAUCUGCUCCGGUCUGCAAUCCACCUGCACCACGCCCGUGUUCCACCACGGGUGCUGUCCCAGCUGCAGGAGGCCUACCCUGUGCUGCGGUCCAUCGCGCUGUCAUCUGCCUCGAGGAGCUCCACGCAUGUCUUCCUGAAGUGCUCGCUUGAGUUCGCAUCCAAGACCGAGGGGGGCGUUCUGGGCCAAGGGGAUGCAGCAGUGUCGGAGGCAGCUGAGAACGUGAUCGCCUGCCUUGCCAAGGAUGCAGAGUGCUUCGAGGUGUGGACCACGAAGCACAAGGGCCACAUCAGGGGAAGCUGCAGAAUCUUGCAGCACCUGCUGCAUGCACCGCCGGCAUCUUUUCGGAAGCUGCUGUCCAGUUCAUCCAACAAGGACCUUUUUGUGAAAAUGUUGAAAAAGCUGCAAGACCGCCAUGGCUUCCUGCUUUCACAAGGGAAGGGAUGGCAGGGGGCGUGCGCCCGUGGCGCCCAGGAGGCCUGCAAGGCUUUCCUUGGAAAGGGCAGUGGGGCGAUCUCCAAGAGCGGCAGCAGCAUCUCGCCAAAGAACCUCUUCCUGCUGUGUUUCUUCCUGGGCCUCGGCGUCACCUAUCUCGUGACCAAGUGGGACGAUGUGGCUUUUGGAGUGAGGGAGUUUUUGAAGACGGAGCAAGGAAGGGCGGUGCUGGAGAUCUGGGAGAGAGUAGACAAAUCUGCCAAGGAGUUGGCCAACUCAGAAAACGGGCAAUGGGUUUUGCACAAGGUAGAGAUGGCCACAGACGCGGCCUUAAGGUGGUUCGAACAGGCGAGGGAGGUGUCCAUGAGGCUCGGGAAUGCGCACACGAGCUCGUAA